AUGCCAUGGGGAUGGGGACAGAAAGAUAAAGAAACUAUAACAGAAGAGGGAGUUGUUGGUGAUGGACAGUCUUUGUUGGUGGAAGACUUUAUUAUGGUUGCAGAAUUUUCAGAAAUUGAGGGACCGAAACCUGUACUUACAAUUCCUAAAGAUGGUGGUGAGAGUGUGGAUUUAAAUUCUCUGUCUGUGAAAAUCAUGGCUGUUGAUCAUCAAACAAACUCAGAGUCAGAGGGAUUCAGCAUAUCCGAAGACACACAAAUAGUACUUUCUGACCAUGAUACUGGUGUUUAUGCAUUUGCUCAUCAUCUGUUGCUCUAUGAUAAUCAAGCAAGGGGCUUUGUGAGGCCCUACUGUAUGGUCUUCGUCACAACAGACUUAAGGAAGAUAAUGAUGUUUUAUGAGGAGCUCUCUUCACAGUUCAAAAGAGCUGCAAGAUAUCUCAAAUAUGGAAACAGACUGUUGUUUGUGAAGGAUCUAGAGAAGCAUUUGCAAGACUUAGAUCACACAAAAGGUUAUUUACUUAACCAAGUUGGAAGAAUGAGACUCAAGACAACACACACUCAAGAUGAGGAGCAGAAUAAAAUCCGAGUAAAUGCAGAAAAUGAGUUGUACAAAGGAUUACAAAAUAUACAGCAGUCCACAAUGGAGAUAAAAGACAUUCUGUCAGUGCUGAAACCUCUUUUGCAUGAUAAACGUCUUGAGAGCAGGUUCCGGUGUCUUGAGGAGCGAGCAUUUCACCACAUUAAUGAAGAAGUCACUCAGGCAGACAAGAUAAGUCUUCAGGAGGAUCGGCUUGUGGAUAAAGUCUACAGAAAUGUACCAUCAGAAUGUAAAUGUGGAUCCCUGCAGGAAUCUGGGAUUUCUCCUGUUUCUCUCUUUAAGUCAUCUACAACUUACACACCUCUUAUAGUUGAGACAACCAAAUCGAAACGCUUCAACAGUCCAUUACGUGGUCUUCAUGAACUGUGCUCAUGGGGAGCUAAAGAAGGCCUUUACAAGCUAAGAUGUAUACACGAGUAUUUCAGGAAGGAUGCAGCUAUUCUUGAAAUUGAGAGAAAUGAGUCAAGACUUUUGGAUCCCCCAAACUCUGUCAUUGCACAUGGACAAUGUAUUACAUCCAACUUUUUGUCAGGAGUUGCAUUGCGAGGAAUCUCAAUGUGCCUUAGCGAGGAUAGCAGUAGUAUUCUCCUGGCUGCAGGCAGAUUACAUAAAUGGUCAUCUUUUGGCUCUAAUGACACUCUGGAAAGCUUCAAGUCUGUAGAUUCUUACCUGUCCUUACAAGAUGCAGAAAAUGCCUCUUUGGUAUCCUUCCAGUCCAACAAUAGUUCUGUCGGUGUGACAACAAGUGCAAGUGUACAAGACUUCAUAUCUGCUCCAACCUCUCCACUGGAAGAAGAAGCAAUAUUUCCUAGUCAUUCUUGUAGAGACAAUAUGACGGCUUGCCUACCUGCUUCAGUAGGAAGUUCAGAUCCUUACGGAUCAGCAGAGAAUGCCUGUACAGUUUCUUUAACAGAAAACAUUGAAGAAAAAACUGCAUGCAAAAAUAUAUCUCAUACUGAUGGCACUUCACGUUCUGCAAGUCUUAUGGAGAAAGACAGUGCUGUGACAGUGUCUGCUAAGGAAGUUCAAAAUAGUUGCUCAAAUACAGAAAACUUCAAAAUUCCUAGUCCAGAAAACUUCACCAUAUCCUCAGAAAACCAAUUAAUUGAACCUCUCAAAAAUAUGGCUUCAGAACAAACCAUGUAUGGCAAAGAGAAAAAAUUAGACCUUUCUGUGAUACAUUCUAAUGCCAAGUCAUCAAUUGAGGCAAAGGGUGAUGAUCCAAGUACAGUCUUUGAAUGUAGGAAAUCAUCAGACUCGGGCAACCUGAAGCUAGAUUUUUCAGAACCAUUUAAAAGUCUUUCAGAAACCCUAAUCUGUGAGAUGGGUGAUGUCUGUUCCAAUAUUGAUGAAAGCAUUAUGGGGCAGAAUAACUGCCCUUUCAUCUGCACACCUUCAACUGAAGUUUGUCUCUGGAAGCCACGUAAUGGCAUCUACACCCUUGGAGAUUUUGUUAACUCAUUGGGACCUGGUCGGCCUGGUUAUGGAAUAUGUGAGGUUCUAGGUACAUAUAGUGGGCUUCAGCCUUUGCUUUUUAGUCUUAUGACAGGACGCACUGUAUUGAUAGUAGGACCAACUAGAUUGGAAACAGAGGUUACCAGAAUUGUCACAGCAUUAUCCCUCUUCCUGGCUGAUACCCCGAGAAAACACCACUGUGUAGUAGACUGGAUGAACAGGCCAUUGAAACUGACUGACCUCACACGAAUUCGACUGGCAGGAAUCUGCCGAUCUGAGAAACGAUCCUUAGACGUAAUGAUUCCCUCAGCUGUAAAGCAGUACAGUUCUAUAUUUGAUGUGGAACGUCGAGUUCUGACCGCUCCAGCCUACCAGGGUAACCUUCUGAAUGUUGUUAUUCAGCAAAAAAAGUCAUUCAAGACAGAUGCACCGUAUGUGACAUUUAUCCAGACGUGGCUAAUGGAAAUAGCAUCGAAAGCUUUUAUCUUUUAUCAUUCCUUUUGCCUGGGAGAUGCAGGUGCACAAAUUCAGAGCCAAAGUCUUGAGAGGCAUCGACAACAGUACAACAGCACUGUAAGCAGCCUGAUGACCCGCCUUGGGGUCAAAGACGACGACAUUCUCAUUAUUGAGCAUCUUGCAGAGAAAGUGAAAAUGUCACAGCUAGAACCUCAAAUCUGGGCAGCUGUAGACAAAGGUGCCAUCGUCCAACCCGUGCGGAUCGCCAGUGGAGGGUGUCAGACAUCGCGAUGCUGAGCGAGAAUUUGUCAGAAGUGACUUUGACACGGUCCGUGACCGCAACAUCUUCAACAUGUUUUCACUGUGAGGUGCAGUCCCACCUCACCUUACAAAGGAUCACGUGACAGUACUUGCCGCCACGUCGCCACCAGACUGUGGGUGGGGUCUGCUCUCUCGUGCUGAAGAUUUCGCUGACCCACCUUUUCACAUCUUGACUGUGAAAAAUAAGAAAAGGCAUUUGACUGUUUUACAGUAUUUCAGUUUCAGAGACGCAUCUGAAUAUUCUGCAGCAUUAUCAAUUUCGGAGGCAUUUUCAGAGGGAUGUUUCUUGUGGUUGUUUGGCAAACUUGUGGCGUCAUGGCAGAGAACACAGACAUAAAGCUAAUUGUUGUGCUUUAGAAUUCAGCACAACUCGAUGAGAAGAGUGGGAGAAUAAUUGUGAUUGUGAAUAUAGAGGCUUCACAGUUUUGAGUUGGUCAUCUUUCGUCAUUAAUUCUACGGAAUCCACGCACUUCCGCACAUUCAAGACGAUGGACCAAGUUUGAAAAGGACGAACAAUUCGCUUGCAAAAAACAAAAAUCUGUUACUACAUAGAAAUGACAGAUACAAGAAAAUACUGUGCACGUAUGUACUGUUAUCAUUAUAAACAAAAAGUAAAACCAUCAAACAUACAGAUCAAAAUUUAUACCUUUCUAACUUUCUGUCGCUCUUGUAGAUGUUGCCUUAGGAAAGGAAUCAAAAGUCGCGUGGUCUGACACAACCAGUCAGCGCGCGCUAUGUGUUAAUCAGUCCGACGACACUGUCGGUCAGAAAAGGCACCCCGUGCUUCUUCCUCUUCAUUUCUAGCUUCAUCAGCAGCUCAUCUACGUAUUGGGAUCUCUUUAAAAAAAAAGUUGUGGGCGGUAGUGGUGAAAGGGGCUCUGAACUGUUUCACCAGCUGCUUGAGAAUCUUAUAGCAUUAAUAGUCGAUGGUGAUGAUACUGGUGGUGGUGGAUGCAUAAUUUGGAUAAUAGAUUAUUUGUUUAAACAAAUGUGUCCUGCCCACCUCAUUUGCGCAGAUAUUACCCACCGCAAAGCUCAGAAAGGAUAUACGGAAGUGGAGGAGGCGGGUAAAAUUAUCUAACGGAGAGUAUAUGGUCCUUAAAACCUACUUAUUCAUAACCAGGUCAAGAGCACACAUCGGGUAAACGCCACUCUUCGCCGUUUAUUUCGAGACUGGUGUCUCGCAUUUUAAGGCAACCUUUCUUUUUUUUGCAUCAGACGACUUUCGUGUGAAUAUGUUUGCGUACGUGCGUGUGUGAGUGGCACGUCGAAUGGCAUUGCUGGUAACGAUUCCUUUAGGAUUAGGUUAACAAUGGGGAAAGUUUGUGUAAACAAGCAGUGAGUUAAGUGUUUUCGUUUAAUGUUUUGCUUGUAAUGUGUACUUGAUGAAAUCGUUGGUGGAUGGGGCUGGCGCAAUUAAAAAAAAAAAAUAAGGGAGACGGGUUUCGGCGAAAAAAAAAAGAAUGAGAGUUAGGGAUGCGAAGCUGCAAGAAGUGUGACUUGUACGGUGCUUUCUCCUGGGUGCAGGCAUAACUCUGCCAAAAGUUUGUUGCUAUUGUGAGCCGACAGGUGGCAGCACGAGUCAAGAAAGGUUGCUGCGAAACUGAGUGAGAGAGGUAACGGAAGGUAAGACAAAGGAAAGGAAGUAGUACGAAAAAAAUGACACAUUCCCGUGGAAAGUCGGUUGGGCCUCGCCUGUCAGCGUGGGUUUGUCUGGAAAAUAAAAAAAAAAAAGAUAAAAAACCUUAAAUGUGUGUUCAUGAGUAGGGUAUGGUUUAUCCUUGUUUCGUAUAUUUCUGUGGUGUUUAGCUUGUUUUAUUUUGUUUUUGUCGGAUAAAGGGAUUUGCUGGUCUUAA